UUUGACCUUUGUUGGAACGGAUAACGAUCAGAUAUAGUUUACUCUAAACAGCUUAACUAAAGUGGACAACGGAGCUCUCUUGUGGCCAAAUCACACAAUUGCAUUUCUAAAAAAAAAUAAUAAUAACAAAAUAAAAAAGUAUUGUGCCUUAUGAGAACGGUCGCAUAUUUAGCCUAGAAAAUCACAGUUAUGUGACUGAACACACAUCUCUUCAAGAAGUCUACAAUAUUCGAAAUGAAAACUCUCACAAAUUUAAAAUUAUUAAUGAAAUAAAUAACAGUAGGUGUUUGUGUUAAUAAAGACUUGCUCGCGACCAACACAUUACUAAUAACCCGGUGUUUUCGUCAUGUCUCGGUCCUCACGUCAGUUUCAACUUUCGUUUUUUUCAUUCUCUCAACUAUUCUUUAGAAAUCGAAACAUAAUUCACUGCUUCCUGCACAAACGCGUCAUGAAUUGUCUCUACAUAGGCACUGCCACAGCUCCAGCUAAAUACCUUAACCAUAUCAGCAAUGCUUUUAGUCAGCUUCAGCUGCUUCUGCGUUACCGUCAGCAGAGAAAGAAGUGCAGAUUUUUAAUAUAGAUGAGUUUUUUUUGUUGUUGUUUUUUAAUCGGGCUCUUCACAUCAGUAAGUGUAAAGAAUGUUUUUCCCCCUACUAUACUCUCUGAAAUGCUUUCAUUUGCUAUUAUAAGUCUGACAAUGAAACUAAAAGAAUAGUUAUACCUUUUGUUCCAACCCAAACUAGACAUCAAAAUGUUUGAAAGAUCUUUAAUAUCAUUGUUCUGCUUGUUUAUCGUUGUUUAUUUCGGGGGUUUUUUUCUGUUCCUCAACAGAAUGUGGACUAUAAAAAAUAUCAAAUGCUAAAGGGAUACUCUAAAUUCUCUGAAUUCUCUUGUUCUUGCUGUUGUAUUUUUGUUCCUGCCCUUAGUAAAUAUGAGGAAACUGUAUAUAUGGAAACAAGAUCAUGAUGAGGACAAUUAGAUCUUUCUCUUAAAGGGUUUUGAGGAAGUUCACUACACUUCCGGGAUGGCUGAAACGAGGGCUGUGGAAGAGGUACAUGUAAAUCUCAGAAGCCAUUUUCAAGUCAGUAUACUGCCAAAUAAUAGACGAGAAAUAUCACAUUCAACUGAACUUCCUGCAGAAAUUAAGGAUUGGGAUAAAGAACACGUGAGAGACUGGAUUCUCACAUUAACGGAUGUGGAUAAUGAAAAUGCAAAGAUUCUGUAUGAGCAGGACAUUAAUGGACCAAGUCUUCUAUUACUGGAGACAUCUGAGAUUAAGGAUAUAGGCAUUAAGCUGGGACCAGCAAAACUGAUUAUUCACCAUAGAGAUGAACUGAAGGCUCACCAGUUGAAGAACUCAGGAAGCUUGUCUUGUACUUCAUGUAAGCCCUAUCCGUUUAAUCGAUUCCAUGCUGCCUACAGAUACAAGGAAAACAGUAUACUUGAUGUAAUAGAAACAGGUGCUCUAAAUUUCAUAGAACCAUGUCACGAGUACAAAGCAUUUAUUAAUUUCCAAAAUGUGACAACAGAGGAAAAGCUCAAAAAGUUCACAGAUGAAGUCAUUAGAUUUGCUUGUGCUUGCAUGAACAGUCGUACUAACGGUACAAUUCAUUUUGGAGUUGGUGAUUUACCAGAGUUCAGUCAUGGACAAAUUUUAGGUGCUAGUGUCGAAGACAAAGAAACAUUUGCUAAGAAACUAGCAGAAGUGAUUAAGGUGCGGUUUGAACAUAAGCACACUGAUGUGGCAAAAAAAUGUAUUAAACCACCAAGGUUUGUUGAGGUUCUUGAAGCAGAUAUGACAUUCUCAGGAAAAUAUGUCAUAGAAGUAGAUGUUGAACCAUCCUACUUGGUUUGUAAAGACAGCUUCUUUCACAUCUACAAUUUAGACUCAAGAAAAGCAAAAAGAUCUAAAAUCACAACUGAUGAGAAGGAUAGUGGUAAACUGUUUUACAUUAGAGACAACAGCAGUAGCAGAAAUCUUCUUUGCCAAACUUCCUCCCCAAAAUCCUUAGAAGAGUACAACAAGCAUGUUGAAAGUAUGGCACAUCUGUCUAAGUUGAGGAUGGAGGCUGAGGAAAAGCAUCUCACUGUUGUUAAAAGUAGUGUGCAGGGUUCUAAGCUCUGCGAGAUGCUAACAGGAGGCUCACAGUCUUUGGACAAAUCUCACUUUGAGCAAUAUGUAUUAGUCAUUAACAAAUCGCAUCCAGUUCAAAGAGAAUCUCUAGCAUUUCUUCUGGACAUGAAACUAACAGCUGUUUUGGACUUUGAUCCAGAAUCUGCUGAGACUGGCUUGAAUAAGCUAUUUGAUGAGAGAAACACAAAUGUUCAUUUGCCUAUUCAGUAUAAAAUCACGGAGCCAGUUGAGGACAUAGUAAAUAAGCUGAAGCUGACCAGAGCCACAAGCUGGGUUUUCUGUAAUGGAAGAGUAAACGGUGAACCAUCCUCUGAUGUGGAUAACUGGUUAACAGAGAAAGGUUCCUCCAUUCGCGAUGUUGUGUCAUUCCUCUGCCGAAAGGAUGUGCUGCCUCACAAAAGAUUUCUUAUUAUAUUCAUUCUGUUGAGUGAUGUUACUGACAAGCAUGAUCCUCUCCUUGAGACCUUCAGUAUGUUUUUGCAGGAGCUGCGAGGUAUAGAUCAAAUCUUAUGCAUAUGUGAACAUGAAAGAGCAUUUAAUUACUGGAAAGAUCUCACUGAAGCACGAUAUAGCAUACACAUACACAGAAGAUGCAUUUAUGAGCCCAGUUUUGCAGAGAUUAAUGGUACUGUCCUCAGUCUGUGGUCAGAAAAUCGCAAAUCAAGCAGAUUUUUGCCUGGUGUUGGUGGUAAGGUUUUGUUAACAAAGAAAAUAGAGGGCAGCUGGGAUACACUGAAUGUUCUAUGUGUAAACCAAUGUGAGGGAGGCAAUGAGGACAAACUGCAACUGGAGGAAACUUUUUACAAGGGAGGAAAGGUGUCCUGGUGGAACUUUUACUUCUCAGAGCAGGCAGGAUCAAUGCCAUUUAUCAAACGAGACAAGUUUGAAUACAUCAUUGAUACUAUUAUUCCAGAUAUGUGCUCCCUCAGUCAAGCUUGUGUUCGCUUCAACAUAUUCCAUAUUCCUGGUUGUGGAGGAACUACUCUGGCCAUGCAUGUUUUGUGGACAUUAAAAGAGAAAUUCCGCUGUGCAAUACUGAAAAACAAAGAUGUUGAUUAUGAAGAUGUAGCAAAACAGGUAGUUAACUUGUUGACCUAUGAAACAACGGAGCAGCAACCCCGACUUUCAGUGCUGCUCUUGAUAGAUGACUUUGAAGACUCUGAUGCUGUAAGUAAUCUCCAGCAGCACAUUGAAAAGGAAUGUCGGAAAAAAAAUGUAUCUGCCAAGUCUCCCCAGGUCAUUCUUCUGAACUGUAUGAGGGCUGACUCAUGGGAGCAGACUGAAGCAACUGAUGACACAGUUUUCAUCGGUAACAAACUAUCUGAGACGGAGCAAAUAUUGUUUGAGAAAAAGCUAGAAGAAAUUGAAAAGAUUUACCAAAAAAAUGCUGAAACAUUCUAUGGUUUCAUGAUCCUGAAGAAAGAUUUUUCUCCAGAGUACAUACAGGGUGUUGUGAAAAAUACACUGAAAGGCUUCAACUUUAAAAAUAAGAAUGCUCAACUAAUUGCAGUUCUAGUACUCUUGAAUUGCUAUUGCAAGAGUGCAAAGAUGUCAGUCUCUAUAUGUGAAGAAUUUCUUGGUCUGCCAACAAGGCCAGACUCAACUUCGUGCAAGGUUGAAGAUGGAUUCGGGAAGUUUUCCACACUUGUGACACGAUGCACAGCAGAGUCUAGUGUGGAGUUUCAGGCUAUGAGAGUGAUCCACUCAAGUAUGGCAGAACACUGUUUAAAAGAACUUACAACUACUUUUAAUGUAUCCCAAGCACAGAUCACUGACUUCCUACUGACAACAGAUGUGUUUUAUAGUUGCAUUCAGGGAAAGGAAAAACUCAUGCAGGACAUUCACACUAUGUUGGUGAGAAGACAUUACUCAGCUGAGAGUGUUGCAGCAGAUGCUCAAUUUUCACCACUUAUCCAAGCCAUUGCGAAGGAGACUGUAGGGUACGAGGAGAAUGUUUUGCUUAAUGCUGCCAAACGCUUUAAAAAAGAUGCGGUAAUAUCCCAGCUCCUUUCCAGGUACCACUAUCUGAAGAAAAAAGACUUUAGAGAGGCAAAAGUUUGGGCAAAGAAGGCAAAAGAUCUACAGGGGAAUAACUCCUACAUUUGUGAUACCUCUGCACAAGUAAUUAAGCAUGAGCUCCAAGAUGCCUUAAGCAAUGACAAAAAGGAUGAAAUAAAACCUGACAAAUUGAAAGAAUAUCUCCAAAUGGCUAGGUCUGCAAUAAAGGCUUUCAGAGAAACACAAGAAAUUGCUAGAAAGGAAGUUUUAAGUCGAUCUCAAACAAAAAAAGACUUUAGCCCCUAUAACACUGCUGGUCACCUUGGUGAGCUUCAAGUUGCCGUUAUGGUGAUAAAGAUACUGGAAAAAAUCCCAGUGUUUUCUUUAGACAAGCUUCGUCAUGACAUUCUGAGUCAGGUUCUCUCAGGUAAAAUAGAAUUACAAAACGUGGAGGCAAAAGACCCAUUAAGGCAAAAGAAUGCAUCCUAUUACCAUUUUCUGAAGGAAUUUCCAGACCUUCUGUAUAACCUCAAAGACAACAUGAAGAAGCACUUUGAUUUUCUUGACAAAUAUUUUGUCAACUUGAGCUUAUUUUACUCCCAAAAAGAUACCAGAGAGUUCUGGACACGAGAGAAGACCUUCACGUGCUUUCAAAAGUAUGUUAGCCUCUUUUGCAGUUCAGACACAAAGGAACUGAUGAGAAAUAAGACAUUGAACACCAUGCUCAAAAUUGAGAAAACAAGACAAUGGCUGGAAAAAAACAAAGCUGAUUCCUACAGUGGACUGCUUGAAUUUCUUUCCAAAGAAAAUUGUAAUGAAUCACCAGGAAGUACAACAGGAAAGAUUGAACAAGUCAUCAGUCAUUACAAGUUUAUCUUGUCUCACACCACUUCACCACAAAAUGACAGGCACGUCAAGGACAAGGUCAACUUCAUCUAUGCAAAUAUUGUUCUCAGUAAAAUUAGCUCUGAAUCUCGUUUUUUAAUGUCCUACAUGGAUCUUCUUAAACUUGUCAAUGAAACACUUGACUGUCGGGACCCUUUCAGUGACAGCUUAGCAUUGCAUUUUAUUGCAGUGAUGAUGCUAUGGCCUGAGACCAUCCCCAUUUUGUCAGGUGAUAAUUUGAGUGACAGGUUGGGAAGUUAUGUGUCACAGAUGAGAAAUUCUUUUUCAGAUGAAAUGAAACCAGUAUGCAAUGGCAAGAGAGCAGUUGUUCAUUUUUACCUGGGGAAGAGAACAGGUUAUGACCGUUUGAUCACUCAGAAGGACAUUGAUACAUGUGUGGGCUCACACAAGACAGGACAAUUGCAAAAUGGAAAGAUAUGGGGAAACAAGAAAGUCCAAUCUAUGCUUCGCAGAGUCACAGGAAAUGUUUCUAAAAAUGCCAUUAUGGCAGACACAUCAAAUCCAAAUGUGAAGGUUGCAGUCUCUCCAUUGUUUAAAAGUCAAUUGUGUGGAGUUUGGGGUGACAGGGUAUCAUUUUUUGUUGGAUUUUCUAUGAACGGCCCAGUUGCACUUGACAUUCAGCCUGAGUCAUAGAUUUUCUGAUUGAUUUAGUGAAGGGCUUCACACCCAGACUUUGCAAUUAAUGUUUAUAAUGACAAAAUGUCUAAACAAGUAGAUACUAACCUACAGCAAAUAGCACACUAGGUAAAAAUGUGUUCAAUGGUGUGUCCUUUCAAGUCCUUUCACCCAUCAUAUCAUCAUAAUCUUUAGCUAAAAAGACUAAUAGUCUAUUUAUUGUAGUCAAUAUCCACCACAGGUCUGUAUCCUAUGUUGUUACUAAAUAGGUUAAAGGGUGUGUAGCUGUCUAAUUACAGGACAAUUUAGACCUAUUGUGAAGCCUAGCCAAUUUAUUUAAUUUAUUUUUGCUUUGAUGUGUUCUCAAGGCUUGUGUAAUACUGCACAAAAAUACCUUGUUAGUUAGCAGAAUAUGUAGUAAUGCAUUACUGGUGGAAGAGAUUCUAUCUAGUUAUUGGUCACUAGACCAAUAACUGAAAUAUGAUGUCAUAAAAUCAGUUUUUCAGCAUGGUUUUAUCCUGCAAAGUUUUUAUGCCCUAAACAAUUUAAUUUCUUUUUUUUUAUUAUUAUUUUUUUAAAAUAAAACUUUUAUUCCUUUUUUUGUCUUUUGUUAAUUGUGGUGGUCUCAAAUGUUCCAUUUUGUGCUCAUGUGUCCUCUCUUUCACUAUCAAAUAUAUAUA